CUUCUCAAUUUAGCCGGAAACAUGCUCCGCCACGUAACCGGGUUACGAGGACUCGAGUGCUUGGUCGAACUGAACUUAAGGCGUAACCUAAUCAGGACUGUGGCUGACCUUCAUUAUCUACCUCGCCUAGAAAAAGUCUUCAUGGGAUACAACGAAAUCUACAGAUACGAGGAUAUCGCGUGUCUCCAGAACUGCCUGAAACUGCGGGAAUUGUCCCUGGAGGAGAACCCCAUCAGUAGGCAGCCAAACUACUUCCACCAUGCCGUCACCAAGUUCUACAGACUCAAAAGGUUGGACGACCAAGAACUCACCAUGGACACCCGGAGACAGUCGGAGAAACAACUCCAAAAGUUCCGCGAGAAGGAACGAGCUCAAGCCACCAAAAUCAGCGAUGAGGAGAAGAGGAAUUCGGCCAUAACGAACGCCAUGAAACACUGGGAGGUCAUCAAAAAGGAUCACAGAAAACUCGUUCGCAAACCCAGCGAGAGCUCCACUAGCGCGAGUGACCAAGUGCCUUCUAAAGAAAGCGACGCAGCCGAAAAUUCAAGUGGCUUUUGUGGAGACACUAUUUCCGAUGUCGGCGAAGAAGCAGAGGAUGAUGAUGAUGAUGAGGAGGAGGAGGAGGAGGAGGAAGGAGAGGAGGAGGAGUUAGGUGUGACGAUAACAAGUGACCAAGGGUAUAUCUUGAAAGAUGGAGAAAGUAAGCAAAACAGAGAAUUGCAAGAGGAUGAUCGCGUUUCACUGAUCUCGUCCGCCACUUCCAGUGGCAUAUCUGAUGUUAGUUUAGUACAGAAAAAUUGCGAACGGAGGUUAAGCUCUGUCGAGAUGCAUUUUGCAAAGGAAAAUAUUCCCCUGAACUCUACGACGAGGUCCAUCAAACAGUGCACGAUGAAUAAUGCUCCUGGCUCAGAGACCAAAGCUAACUUACCAAGAAGUAAAUCUUAUACAGAUAUGAGAGUCCUGAGGAGAAAAAAUUCCUGUGAUAUCGACCGUCCUGUGAGACCUAAAUCAGUCCGAGGUUCAGGCUCUCACAGGUCAGAAACUGACGGUACAAAUGGAAUAGUCAAAGGCAACGAGAAGAUCAGUUUAGACUCCAGGAUAACUCUCCCGAUUAAGAACGUGCCCGUCGUCCGUCGCAGUGGAGCAAGUGGAAGGUUGGGCAGCGCCAGGGCAGGGUCGGGAGAUAAGGCAAAACCGAGAAUCAUGGUGAACAAUGAGAUAGCUAAAAGAAGCAACUCGAAGAACGCCGACUUACUGAAAAAGACCGAGUCUUUCAAGAACUCGAGUCAUCUUCCUGAUAAAGUGGUGACUGCUGCCAUCACAAGGGUCAGAUCAAAUCUAAGUCUUCCUACACAGGGACCGGAAACGCCCAUCUCACCCCGAAGUGCCAUAUCAGAACCCUCUGAGUUGGACUCCAGCUCUGAUGCAGAGUCAACUGCCACUGCCACAACCACCAACACAGCGGUCACAGCCACUAGCAACCCCGACGUUUCUAACCUUCCUACGAACCGUAGCAGUCAGCACAACCUUGCAGACUUGAAAGUGCCUCUUACACGCCCCAAGGAUCCUGAAAGGUCGAUUGUUGAGAGGGGUGACAAAUCUGUCCAAGCGAUUAAUCCGAACACUUCGGGAAUCCUGCGUGAACAGGGACCAAAUUUCCUAGCGGAACUUGAAGGAGAUCGACUGAGCCUUUACGGACAAGGAGCUUUGCGCUGCACCGACAUUUCUUGGGAGAAGUCUAUGGCCGCAGCAGCAGCUACUGCACGCUUCCAGUAUAUGAAUUUCGAGGAUAUCAUUGACAUCUUCCCAAAGCUGAGGGUGAAAUUCCCAAGGCUUGAAAAUUUCAUAUUUGUUGAAACUCAUCUAGCCAAGUGUAGCCAGUUAAAUGCUCUUGCAGAAUUGCACCAGGUCACUGCUCUGGAUGUUGGUGAAGAAGGAAAUCCCCUGACCCAAGUGCCGCACUGGAGACUCUACGCGAUUUUCAGGCUUUCUCACUGGGGUUUGCGGAUCAUCAAUGGCAGAGAGGUAACAGAAGACGAAAGGACGGACGCAGCGCUCAUGUUUUCCCCUCUAAGCCAGCUGGCGUUUACCUGCCUGCCUAAAGACCAGCUGGCUGCCUUUUUAUCCUCUCAUAACCACAAUAAUCCCGACAAUUCCCCACAACCUCCAGGUCACCAUGCCAAUGAGUCAGGUGUGGCCUGCAAGGACGAUUUAGAUGGCCCACGGCUGAACGUUCCUCACUUACAAGACCUCAUAGGAAAGGAAGCUCUUCAAUACAGACCGACCGUCAGACUAACGCAGGAAGAAAGCUCUGCCCUCAUCGCUGCAGGGAGACAGGCGCGUCAGCUGGUCGUGUGGGCGUAUUCGUCACUGGAGCGUCUCCACACCCACCACGCCACUUGGCCCUCCGUCCUUCACGACCUUGUGAGGGACGCUGUGACGGACCUCACUAAACCGACCUACGGAAAGCAGUGCCUCGAGGACAUCAAACGAAACCUUGGAUGGAAGAAGUGACGCUCUGAUGAGCUGCCACUCACGACCAGCUGAGCAAACGCAGUUUCUAAGUAGUCUCUCGAAAUAACUCAACUUGAGGGUUCUUCGAGGAGCUUAAAAUGAUUUUCUUAUUGAUUGACUAGCGUGUUAUGCAUUCCUUUAGAAAUUAUUCUUAUCGACGAUAAACUGACCAGAGAUGCGCUGCAGCCGUAAAAUAUUUGGCACUGAGAGCAUUUGUCUCUAAAUUAGUCAGCAUCACUAUGACAGAUAAUUAUUGCAACAAAAUUACAAUAAAAGGAAAUUUAGGAUCGUGCUGAGGUGACAUAGUGACCAAAAUGCUAUACAUGGUUUGUGAAAUGUGGUUACUUGAUUGUUUUGUAACUGAGAUUUUCGCAUUUCACAAUUAAAAUUAGGAUAGAGACAACUGACUGAGCAGGGUACAGGCCAUUUUCUUUUAACGCAUGCGCUAUUACGCAAGACUCAAGUCUCUUUGACACUUCCAGUACUAACACUAUGAAUCCAAAACAAUCAUUAUAUGAAGUUUUAAAAAAGCAUAUGACAAACAAUUCAUGAAACUCUUAUUCAAAAACAUCGAUUAUUUGAUAAAACGUUGUUUCCAUCCUAAAUAUCAAAGACAAGGAUUGCUUUUAUUUCCUUCGUGUCAGACGCGCUGAUGGAAUUCUCGAGAACAACAGAGUUCAUAAAUUUUUAUAGCCUUUCAAUGACAAUUCAUGCAAAAGAUACAUGACAAUAAUGAAACUUUACAUAAGUUUAUAUCGUCAUGCAGUAUAGGCCUCUAUUCUGAAUACCUAUAUAGACAUUGAUUAAGGGUGUAUAUCUACUUAGCUGAAAAACUGUUGGAUAGUCUCUCUAAAGACCAGAAAUAUCUUCAAAUUAUGAAAGCGGCCCUGAAGAACUUUUUCUAUUUACGAUUACAUGAAGGAACAUAUCACUUUGAAUAAGCAAACAUGUGCUAUUUAUCUAAUAUACAUGGCGAUACUUGUUCAGUUCUCUUUAACAGGCAAAUUGUAAACCUUCAACCGUCAAUUUUUGUGUGUGUGGGGUGGGAAGGGGGGUUUAGAAUUGAAACUCCAGCCAUCUAUUUUAUAACAUAAAUAAAUUUUAGUAUAUAAGGGCCAGAAAGGCCAUAUCUUUUCUUCUAUAAGUUUACACGUAUACUUUCGAUUUCCGUUUCAAUAACUUCAAUAAUGCAUAUGAUACUGACAACACGACCGAGUGCAAAACGAAACAAUACAAUGACCAGUAUUCGACUAUAAACUUUUAGGUCAUAACACAAAAGGUGGCAAUUCAUACUCGUUCUCUUACAAAGAGACAACGGAUGGCAGACAAUCAACAAAACUACAUGCAAUACAUAUCUCAGGAUUUGGAUGCUGUCUACCGUCAAUGUAGCUCAUGUUACAUAUUGCACAUGGACACUUAUGAGCUUAAAAAACUGUACAGGUCUUUACCUCUGAUAUUUUAUUAUAAAAUCUAUAAAAUCACUAGCUACCACUUUAUUGGAAAUUCUGCUAAAGGAUAAAUAGUUACCUUAGACGUCUUUUUUUUCAUGAAAGGUGUCAAGAGGUCCAAAUGCUAUAACAGAAAUUUGUAGUUAGUUAAUAACAAGGCCGGAGGAAUCGUAAGAAUAACAUGAGACAUGAGUCUGGAAUCUCCCCAGUUUGCCGUUACUAAAAAAAAAAAAAAAAAAAAAAAAAAAUAACGGAGAUCUGAGUGAAUACGUAAUAGUAAUGCCUAGGUUGUCGAUAGGCCUGUACUUUCACAAAUUCACCAAACGCAAACAACAUAAUUAACUCUGAUAGUUACUGAUAUUCAAAAUCCUAUGGAAAUAUAUCCACAGCAUCAAAACAUAAAGAUCUCUCUCGACUAGUUGUCUUCUCCUCAACUGAGUAAGAGGAAUUCCUACGCCUACGUCGCGCUAAGUGCAAAAUGACAUCCAACAUAACAAGCAUCUAGGACAAUCAGGAUGAUUUCGUUUUUUUCCAUUAAAAAAGAAAAGAACUUCUGUUCAACAGAGUAUCAACUAAAAAGCGAAGGACACGCCUUUCACUUCAAGAAAAAGAAAUUGUCGUAAAAUAUGAUCCUUCGUGCCACCCUCUUGAUAUCCAGAGAUGGCACAGCAUGUGAUUCUGAGAAGAUUCAAUACACAAUAUAAUGAACAUCUAAAACAUAUAGAAUAUAAUAGUUCCUAUUACUGACCAACACAGACCCAGAAAAUACACUUACGGAAAUACCUUUAGAGUCUCCGUUCAAGAGCUACAACAUAAUAUUAUUAUGUCCCGAUUGUACAACGCUCCCUAAAGCAAUAAUCUAUCCGAAUUCAACAACCGGAAGGAAACCAUGUAUGGAACGACUGAGCUGGUUAUAAUCAAUGCCGUAACACAUCACUCGCUGGUUGAAAUACAUCAGUUGUCUACAACAUCACAGGGAGGAAUCAAGGGUAUGCUAAUAUUAUCAAGUGAACAAUUAUAUCGGGCUUAAUGACCAAACUUCAUUAAGACUAUA